AUGCAUCUUCUUGUUCUUGAAGCAGUUGUGAACAGAUCAGUUCCAGAUGUCUGUGCAACUUGCCACAUUCAUGCUACAUGUCAUCAAAUUGAAGGAAAAAGUGUCUGCAUCUGUAACUAUGGAUUUGUAGGCAACGGAAGAACUCAUUGUCAAGAUAAAGAUGAAUGCCAGAUUGGAGCCAGCAAGAUCUGUGGAAAUCAUACGCUGUGUCAUAAUACACACGGUAGUUUUUACUGUGUUUGCCUUGAUGGAUACCGAGCCUCCAACAACAACAAGACAUUUAUUCCCAAUGAUGGCACGAACUGUACAGAUAUAGAUGAAUGUGAGGAGUCUGGGUUGUGUGGUCGCAAUGCAAGAUGCGUGAAUACUGAAGGAAGCUACAAGUGUUACUGCAGUGAUGGUUAUAAAUUAGAAAAUGGAGAGCGUUCUUUUCAUCCAGAUGGGAACAUAGUUUCAUGCAAAGGUGUGGAUUGCGGGGCUCCACCUACUGUUUUAAAUGCACAUCCAGCGUCUGUAAGUGGGACCACGUACGGAAGUGAAGUUACUUAUAAUUGUGUUCAUGGUUACUUUAUUGCAAGCGGCAAUCAGACUGCAGUCUGCAAUGCCGAAGGACAGUGGGAUGGCGCUGAUUUGGUGUGCAAAGAAAUAGACUGUGGCAAACCUUUGCUGAUUCCACACGCAGAAAUGAUCUGGCACAACUCUACCACUCUAUGGAGCAGAGCGUACUAUCAGUGUAAAGAAGGAUAUUAUUUUAAUGGAGACAGGGAUUUUUCAGAAUGCACAAUAGAUCAGUCAUGGGAGAAUAUUACAUACAUAUGCAAAGAGGAGGAAUUAUUCAGUAAUUUGUCUGUAUUCAAUGAAACGUGUGUGAGGUGGCAAAGGAAAACUGGAAGACUGGGAGUGCAGGAAACGUACACAUUUCACAUACUGGGCCAAAGAUGGGAUGAGAAGACGUUCUCAGAAGAUGCAGUAUUUAACAUCACUACAAGUGAAGAUAAUCCAAAGGUGUGUUUAGAUCUCAACUCUGGCAGUAACUACGUGGUGAAUAUUACUACCAUCUCUUCCACAAACAUCACUGUCUCAGUUACAGUAGCAGUUCAAACAAAGGUAAAGGAAGCUUUCAAUAAUGUAUUAAUUUUUAAUGAUACCUGCUUGAAAUGGCGGAGAAAUGUCAGGGGAACUGAUGUGGAAGACAGAUACUCCUUUCAUGUGCAAGGCCAGCGUUGGUAUCAGAAGGAGUUCUUUCAUGAAACGACCUUCAACCUUACCACACACAAGCAGGCUCCAGAAGUUUGUUUUGAUUUGCAGCCAGGCACCAAUUACUCUGUUAAUAUUUCCAUGGUAGCUUUGAAUUUUUCACUGCUCGUUUCCAUGACAACACAAAUCACAGAUCCCCCUUUCCCAGAUGUAGAAUUCGUUGCAGUAAAAGGUUCUGCACCCUUGCUCAGACUCCGGAAAGCAGAAGAUCGAAAUGGACCGAUCAGUCUUUAUCAAGUGAUUGUGCUUCCGCUGGGUUUGCAAAGCACUUUUAUUUGUGACUCCUUUGCUGCUGCAGCUUUCUUUAGUAACACCACUGACGUUAAAGGAUAUGUGGCAGCUGAAUUUCGGGCGAAGGAUGUUGCUGAUAAUAUGUCAAUUGCUCUUGGAGACAGACAUUACUACGGAAAGUUUUAUAAUGCUCCUUUAAAACUGGUAGAAGAGUAUUGUGUUUUUUUGAGAAUAAUAAGUGAGUGGAAUAAGGUGAGAACACAGUCGUGUGCUGUUUGGGCACAAAUUAAAAAUUUAUCACCCACUCUGCAAUAUAUGACUGCUGUUGGAUUUGGGUCAGUUGCUGCUGUCUGCCUUAUACUGUUCCUGUCAUUCUCAGCAGCACGCUCUUAUCUCCACAACACAGUGCACUCCACGCCUGCUGCUUUAGCCUGCGAGGCUGUACAUUUAUCUGCUACAAUGGACAUGGCACAAACAGGGAUUACAUCAUCAUUCCUGGAGACUGAAAAUGUCUCUCUUCUCUGAUGUGUUAUCCCCUGAAGUCAGCAUAGAGAAAAUGCACUCUUCUUACCAAAGCCAGCAUCUGUUGGGUAUGGACGUAUCUGCGUGGCACAUAUGUACUAUAGCAUGGGCAGUUGAAAUGUGUUUGUUAUUGGAAGUGAGAUGUUUAUUGUCUCCCCUUGUUUCCAGAUGGUGUGGUAUGUAAAGGAGAACCUUCCCCCACAAACAGGUUUGUGUCAGAGACAUUAGCAUGCAUCCUGUGUGUUGGCCAUAGGCUUUCAGCUAUUCCAGCCACAUGAACGCCUGAUAAUGAGUGUCUGUAUUGGACUUCUAUUACAUGAAUAAUCCCCUGAUACAGUUGAGACUGUCUGAGGAUCAACUGCUGCUUUAAAUACCUUAGGACACAUAAACUGGCCCAUUAUGAGAGAAAAUACAGAUCAGCCCUUAUAUCAGAUAAAGUGCCUAUUGUAUUUCCAAGUAUAAAGCUAGAAGACUUUUAUCGGACACUUAUGGGUAAUGGUACUUAAAUAGAAAGUACAGAGUUGUUAGCCAUGAAAUUGUCACACUUAAAUAGUGUCAGCAACAGAUGUGUUCCAGAGAUAUUGCAAUCAUUGCUCAUAGCAAUUAGCAAUAAUUGCAAAUAAUAUACCAAUCUAUAAAACUGCAGUUUGCCAAAAAGCUGAGUAGCUUUAAUGGCAUGUGAAACUAAUUUAAAUGAGGAGCUACCUGUGUUAAGUGCAGUUUUGUUAAUCUCUGUUCUAUAAUUACAGCUGAGUAAAGCCAUUAAAUCAUUGUCUGGUUAAUGAGCUGGUGUGUAACAUCUGGUUAGAGUCACUUAAUAAAGUACAAUUAACCAAUUUCCUAUGGCAUACUCCCAGUUAAUAUUUUUUCCUUCUGUAAGAAAGAAUCAAGUGCCUUUGAUUUCUUCCACUCCUGUUCAGAAGUUGCUUUGAGAUAUAUUAGCAAAAUUGUACUGUUAACUGGUGAAAUAAAGAAGCAAGAGUUCUG